AUUUCCGCUCUUUUGGCUCUGUAUUCCAGCACAGUGGAUUUGAAAUGAAACAAUAAAAAUGAGGUUAAGGUACAGACUGUCACCUUUAAUUUCAGGGUAUUUACAUCCAUAUCGGUUCAAUUCCCCCCAUUUUUGAGGACCAAAAGUAAUUGGACAGUUGGCUCAGCUGUUUCUGCUUUUCCUGCCUCGUCAGGUGUGGUCUGCAUUUUAACAGCAUAUUCUUUGCUUCAUUUCAAAUCCAAUGUAGUACUGAGCCAAAAGAACAGAAAGUAUACCAAUGUCCAAAUACUUAAGGACCUCACUGUACCAUAUUCAAUGGUAGAGUCAGACAAAAAGUGAAAAUCAUAUUUUACAAAUUUAUGUAAUUGUCCAGUACUAUCAGAAUGUAUAAUCUGCAUUACUGUAGCUAAGACAAAUUAAUAGCAUAUGAAAUAUAACGGAAAUGUUCAGUACUUUUGUAAAGUAUAAUUAUGUAAGGUAUUACAAAGCCAAACAUACAUAAAUGAACUUCAAAGUGAAGUUAUAUUACCAAGGUAAAUUUUAGAUUUAAAUCAUGUUGGAGUUUCAGAGUACUGUACCUCCUGAAAGUCAGCGGUGAAGUUUGCAUUCCCUUGUAAAUGAGACCUGUUUCAUAGCAACCAUGGGGAAGCACUGGUUGUCAAAACGAACUUGUUCAACACAUGUAAUAUCAGUUGCAUCUUUCUGGUCAUGAAUAAACAGGCCUUAGUCAGUUAAUAAUUCAUUUGAUGAUACACAGUGUUCCAAAUAGCCUAUAAAGUAUAGGUAGCCCUAACCUAUUGAUCAAACAAAUUAACUGGUUUAUUCCCCGCAAAUCCAUUUGUUGGUUCAUUAUAGGCCACACCAAACUCCAGACUGUCAAAAAUAACCCAAACACAGACUACAGAAACUCCUCAGACCACUAAAAGCUACAGGACAGAGCAGUUAUACCAAAUGACUGAACAGGGUCAUAAAAACAGCCAGGAGAAAAACAGAAUUAAUAUUCAAUGAUGUUUGAUAAAAACUAUUUGGGUCAGGACAUCCAAACAAACGCACAUAAAGACUUUAAUUUGAUAAUGAAUAAAUAAAUAAAUACUGUGGUCUUACAUCCACACUGUGCCUGACAAGCUUUGUUGUAUGUACAAACAAGCUUUCACACCGCUCUUAUUAGUUUGUUUUUUGGUGAAGCCUCUAAACAGAAGAGCAGAGUCUUUAUCUCUAAUAGCGAGUCAUCAGUGGCUUUCAGGGGGUCAGGUUGCCAUUAUCUGGCCUGUAACAGGGACUCUCUCUGUGCCGAUAAACACUCAGACUCCACAAUCAUCCUUCCAGCACAGGUCUUCACAGAAACGAAUCUUCCAGCUUUCAAGUGACAGUCAUGGCGAGAGAGGGAGAAAUGCUAGUAUGCUCACGUUGCUUGAAAUAUGAAUGGACAUUUCGCGCAAUCAGAAAAUGCGGCACUUAAUUGCAACACCCUUUAAUGCAGGCAAACGCACAAACACAUUCUCUUUCACUCACCUAAACAGACACUUGGGUCAUACUAAAUAUUUAGUGUGGUUAGUGAAUUAGCUAAUGCAUAGUGCUUCAAGACCUGUUCUGUCAAACCAUGUAACCUAUAUUUCCAUUUCGUUUGCACGAUAUUUCGCUAUGUGGCAUAUAACUCCGAUUUUACCCAAGAUCACUAAAACAGAACAAGAGUAUGGUAUGAGUAUUUAGACAAGAUACUGUAAUGAGCUGCUGUUGAAUAUUGAUUAGUAGAGCUCCUCCUACCAGUCUGUGAAUAUUCAGGACUGUGAGCAGUUUUGGAGAGAGAAAAGGGGGGUAAGGAAAGGAAAGAUAACAAGUCUAAAUGCGUUCUAAUUCCUAUUUAUUAUUUAUUUACAAUAAUUGUUGGAUUUGAUCAUUUAAACCUUAAAGUAUUCAAACUGUUCUAGUAAGGGCAAAAUUAUUAGGGAUUAUUAGAAUUUAGGUUCCCCAGAAUAGUUUUUUGUAUUACUGUACACUUCUGUGCAAGACUGGUCGUAUGGCUGUGACUCAGGCUGUCCUUCCUUCGUUCAGCUUGUUUUCAACCUUUUCUAACUACUCUGAAGACAUGAAGGAGUGGAAGUUUGACAAUGGCUCCUUCGGUUUGGAUUCUCAAGAGAAAAACACAGCUAUUGCUACCCAUAGCAUCCACCAACAGGAACUACCACAGACUCUGGCAGAGGAGAAUCCUGAUGAUGGGAAUGAGGCCUGCUGGGAUAUGGAGUUUCUACUGUCUGACUGGGACAGUCCAUCCCCUGAGCUAAACCCUUCCCUGGACUACAGCUCACAUCGGAUCAUGCUGCAGGAGCAAAAUGGAUUGCAUAACAUGAAUGUACAGGAGGGAAGUUCUCUGAAAGAACAGGCUGGAACAGAUGGGUUCAAUUUAAGUAACAACAGCAUGAUGGCCGAACUGCUCUUACCUGCUGAGAGCCUCAGUUCUGCUAUACCGGAUCUCUACCACAGAGGGUACGGUGGGGAACAGGAGAAACCCUACCCAUUGCACCCCCCUGUGGACCAGUACGGCUUUGCCUUGGGGAGUAAUCUGGAGAGGAAUGGAGACAGAAGUGCAACUGGCCAGAGCAAAGGGAAGCUGCAGGGUUUCGGAAACCAUUACACCCAUCCAACCUCUACGAUAUCCUUUCCUGAUCCCCGAUUCCUCCACACACCAGCUUUAAGCACUGAUGCCACCUUAAUGUCCACUCAACACUACAGUUUCCCAAACUACCCAUACCCUGGGGUAUACCAAAACCAAGGACCCUAUAUCCACUACCAUGCCCCUGCUCUCUUUCCCCCUCCAAAACCCCACUUGCCAGUCUCUUCACCGCCCCCUGUUGGCAUGGAGGGAAAACACGCUCGCAAGACUGUCGCGAAGAAACGGUCCGCUGUUCACUGUUGCGUGUACCCUGGCUGCAGCAAGACGUAUACCAAGAGCUCUCACCUGAAGGCCCACCUUCGCACUCACACAGGUGAGAAGCCCUACCACUGCACAUGGGAGGGCUGCGGCUGGAAGUUUGCCCGCUCCGACGAGCUGACCCGCCACUACCGCAAACACACGGGCCAGAAGCCCUACGAGUGCAUGCUGUGCCAACGAGCCUUCUCCCGCUCCGACCACCUGGCCCUGCACAUGAAGAGACACACCUGAGAGACUGCAGGGACGAGGGGGGAGAAAGAGAGAGAGAGAGUGAAUGUGAGAGAGAGUGAGAGAGAGAGUGAAUGUGAGAUAGUGAGAGAAAGGGGGGAGAGAGUGAGAGGGAGAAAGAGAGUGAGAGAAAGGGGGGAGAGAGUGAAUGUGAGAGAGAGUGAGAGAAAGUUGGGAGAGAGUGAAUGUGAGAUAGUGAGAGAAAGGGGGGAGAGAGUGAGAGGGAAAGAGAGAGAGUGAAGGAGAGAGAGUGUGAGAAGGGGGGGAGUGAGUGAGUGACAAAGAAAGAGAGAAGUACACAGAGGAUAUCAUGCACAUAAAUACUGACAGACAACAGCACUCAGUUAUUGAUGGAGAAAACAACAACAAACCCAGCAAUAGUGAAAUUCAAAGUAGCUCAGGGACCAACAAUAAAUAAAAUAAAAUCAUAUAAAUAAAAGUUAUCAGUCCCCCACACUCAGCACACCGAGCAGAACAGAGCAUGAACUUUCUAGAACAACUGUGAAGUUCAACACAUGCAGACAAACGGUCAGGUUUGGGAAAGCUGGGAAGGCUUUAACAUUCCAGCUGAUGUGACUGCUCUGAUUCUGGAUUCAACACUAAGGGAUGUCUUGGGUCUGAAACUUCUACUGCAGUAAUACACAUACAGGUGUGACACCAUACUCAUGACCAGGGGUCUUUAUUUAAAAUCAGAAGUAUGACACUGUAGUGGCAAAAGGAUAUCUUUGUUAUAAUUUGUAUAAUAUGUACAUAUAUUGAAUACACCCCCCCCCCCCCUCCACUGAGGUUCAGAGUGGUGCUGGAAGUCAGUGGAAGGUAUACUUUUCUGUAGGCUUUUAUGGAACACUGUAAAAAGGCAGUUAUUUUUUUUGAAAAUGUAUUACAUUAUCAGAAAUACACUGUAGUAAGUGUAUUGUCGCAAAGAAAUGCUAAAGGAGGAAAUGGUAGAUGCAUCAAAUCUUUUCAUCCUCUGAUGUACAUUCAUAAGCUCAGUCUUCACUUAUAGUCCAAAUAAGUGCACAGCGCUCUGUUAAGUGUAAGUAAAUACAGGGGUAUGUUUACUGUACUGUUACACAGAUACCUUAGCGUAUACUGAAUGGUACAGAGUGCAGAUAUUACAUGCAGUUUCCCUAUGAGAUCACAUAUUUCCAAACUGAAAAAUGUCUGAGGAAUCCAUUUGCUUUUAAUUUUAAUAUUUUACCUUUUUUUGUUUUGUAAAAUAUUAUUUCAUCAUUAUUGUUAUUAAACUAUUUUAAUAAAUAUAUAUUUUUGCUUUA